AUGCCUGAGGUGGAAGCUGCGGCUAAGGACGGUGCACCCCGCAGGUUGAAGCAGUUGCUGACUAAAGUCACCAAGAAGCCGCCCAAGAAGUGGAGGAAAUCUCGCAAGCAGAGCUAUUCCGCUUAUGUGUACAGGGGGCUGACCCACGUCCACCCUUCCACCAGGAUCUCAUCCAAGGCCCUGAGUGUUAUGAAUUCCUUCAUUAUUGACAGUUUCGAACACAUCGCCUCUGAGGCCUCGCACCUCAUUCACUACAACAAGCGCCACAUCAUCAUGGCAAGGGAGAUUCAGAGCGCCGUCCGCCUCAAGCUGCCUGGGGAACUGGCCAAACACACCGUCUCCAAAGGUGCCAAAGCAGUCAACAAAUAA